CAUCUGGCGGUGACAAUGCAAACUAUAGUAUGUCGUAGAUUCUUAAGUGAUUAUGGAGUUAUGAUGAAAUCAGACGAAAGAUUAAAAUAUUUACGAUAUUCAUCUCUACGUAUGUAACAACUUGAUUGAUUAAUUUUUCUAUUUUUGAUAUGAUAAAAGAAUAUUGCUGCUUUCAGCUGCUGUAGUCAUACAGCAAUGGGCCAAGUAUUGAAAAAAUUAAAUGAAAAAGAAAGCAAAGAUUUGAACUCUGUGGCAGAAGGAUUUCCAGAUUUAGCAACGUGGCCACCAGAACUAAGUUUAACUGUAUUAUCUCAUCUUAAUGCAACUGAUUUAUGUCUGGCAUCAUGUGUGUGGAGAGAAUUGGCACAGGAUGAAGUUCUUUGGCAAAGGUAUACUUUCCUUUUCUCAACUCUUUCUGCACUGUGGUCCACAGUAGGAUGGUCUUCAACUUUCAGAUAUCAUGCUUUUUCAUAUAUGAUUAAUACAGGAUUUCCAGAUUUAGCAACGUGGCCACCAGAACUAAGUUUAACUGUAUUAUCUCAUCUUAAUGCAACUGAUUUAUGUCUGGCAUCAUGUGUGUGGAGAGAAUUGGCACAGGAUGAAGUUCUUUGGCAAAGUCUCUGUCAUAAUCAAUGGGGAUACAUAACUCUUUAUAAUCAGUCAAAACCACCUGGAUUUUCAUAUCACAAAUUAUAUUUAAUCUUAGAUGAAGGAACAGUUACAUUUAAUGCAGAUGCUUUUAUGGGCAUGAAUUACUUUGUAAAAAAUGGAUUAGUGUAUGAUGGUGCUUUAGAGAUAGCAAAGUUUCUUCAUAACACAAGAUCUUUAAAUCCUAGACAAAUGAGACUAUACUUAGACGUCAGGUUUUCAGAUAUGGUAUACAUAUUGUGUUUCUCUCUCAUUAUGUUGUCAGUCGACCUGUGUAGUCCACAUGUUAAGAACAAAAUGUCCAAAAGAGAGUUCAUACGUAAUGUUCGGCAUGCCAUACACAAGACUGAUGAUGAAUUAUAUGGUCACUUGUACGACGAUGUAUAUUUACGAGGACACAUUGCCCCAAACUCGACAGAUUAGAAUGAUCAAACACGGAUCUCGAAUGUAAUAUAUUAUAAUUUGUUUAAAUUAUAGUCAUAUCUGCUACUAAUAAUACUCACAAAAGAUUAAUUUAUGAACCUAAAUACAUUUGAAAAUUACAUAGAAUUUAUCACCAUAAAUCAUAAUUUCAAAAUAUAUAAGACUAUAGCUAAUAUAUUGAGAAAAUAACUUAGAAUUAUUAAUAUUUUAUACUAUUAACGUUUAAGUUAAUGGUUUAAAAAAGGGAAAUUGGAAUAAGUUUUUUCUAAUGUUACAAAAAAGAAAAAGUAUAUUCCAGAUUUGUAUGCAAGCUAUAAAAAUAUUUCUAUGUU